AUGUUGGACAAAUCGAAUGAGUAGACAAAGCUAUUUCUUAACUUCAAUAUUUUCAAACAGUAAAAUAAUAAUAUUUAUCCAUGAUUAAUGAUUCUAAAAAAUAAAAUUGAAGUUUCUAUUAAUAACUCAUAAACCAUUGCGGUACCUGUAUUAAUUUUGUUUGUUCAUUGUCUAACAGCUAUUACAAUUAUUAGAGCGUACUUAAAAUAUUUUCCCUAUACUUUCUUGAAAUGACUACCAAUUUAAUCGUCUUGGGUGAAAAUGCUGCCAGAAUCAAUGUUAAAGUCAAUCCUAAUAUGACUGUACUUAAAGUAUUAGAAUUAGCCUGCACAAAACUAAAAGUAAACAGUGAUGAUUAUGAUUUAAAAUAUCAUAAUAAAAUAUUAGACACAACUAAUCUGAUCAGAUUUACCAAUAUUGCCAAUAAUGCCAUGUUAGAAUUAACUCCGGCUAAAAAAUCUAGGCAAGAUAGCCCUGUUGGUGUAUGGUUACAAGUAGAAGAUGGAUCAAGAUUGUCUGGUGAAUUUCCAUCAAGCCAAAAUUUAUGGGAAAUUAUACAGACAUUGUUGAAAAAUAAUCUUUCCAAUUAUGAUAGUCCAGCCAUAAUUUAUACGAGAAUGGAAAUAAUUGGAAAAGAGCAAUUGCAACAAAAAACGUUAAAAGAUAUGGGAUUAUUCAGCGGAAAAGCUUUAUUAAGAUUACUUAACAAAAAAGAAUCAGAAGACCAAGCUCAUGUGUAUGUACCUGCAGUAAGAAAACUAAAAACUGAAGAAACUCCUAUGGUAUUAGGACAUAGAGAAAACAAAAUUGAAGAAUCUUCAAGCAUUGAACCAGAAAAUUUAACCAAAGCAAGUGAAUGUAGCAUAAAUAAUCAAAAAAUAGAGCUCAUGGAUAUUGAAUCUAAUGUUGAUGGCAAAAAUAUAAAAGAUGACUCUGUAAAUAUGUUGGGUUUCUCAGAAAAUAUUGAUAACAAUACUAAAGUAACAGAGAGCAAAAAAAAACCUAUUCUUACUGAUGAAGAUCUCAAUAAUUUCAAGAAAUCAAUAUCAUAUUUAGAUGACCGCGAUACAUUGUUAUUUGACAUUAUGGAUGGUACUUCAGUUUUGUAUCAAGACGAAAGUGACGAUUUUUUUGAACCAACUGUAAAAGAUGUUACUCUUGUAUUAAGAGAUUUGAAAAAUGCACGAUCUCAGUAUGAAGACGGCCAACUGUGUACAAGUGCCAUGCGAAUAAUUGAGAAGACUAAUAAUCAACUAAAAUUAUUACAAAAAUACAAUAAGUGUAUUAUUAGAAUACACUUUCCAAGUAGAUUAGUGUUACAAUCUGUUUUUAAAACAACUGAAACGGUAUUGGACGUAAUUAAUUUUAUUCGAAAAUAUCUUGUGGAUGAAUCAUUGGAAUUUUGUUUGUUUACUACACCUCCUAAAACUAUUUUGAAACCGGAAGACAGUUUAUUGGAGUGUGAAUGUGUGCCAUCUGCUAUGAUACAUUUUUCAUGUUGUACAGAAAUUGAUCAUUUAAAACCCGAACUCAGGCAAAAAAUUGUGUCAGGAUGUCAAGCUUCAAUAGCUGCAUAUCUCGUUAGAAAAGAAAGGACUUUGUUUAUAAAUGAUUCUCCAAGUAAUGAAAGUUUCCAGGAUGCUCAACCAGGACCAAGUCAACAAUUUGAUAAUCGGAAUAAUAGUAAAACAAAUUUUUCUUCUAAACAAAAUAAUACAUCAAUUAAUAAAAAUAAGAUGCCUAAAUGGUUUAAACCAUUGUGAUGUUGGAAUAAAAUUAUUCUUUAUAAA